AUGUUCCGGGUAGUGAUUUUAGCUGCUGUGGUCGCAGUGAUCUCCUCACUACCUGCUCACAACCUCCCAGAUCCUGCAGACCUAGCCUUAUAUCUAAAUGAAGAAGAAUUUGAAGACUAUUUAGAUAAAUGGCUUGCAGUGGAACAAGAAACAUGGGUGAAUAGCACUGCUGGGGUUCCUCGAAGUGCUUGCUCAUUACGUGUCAACGGAGAUUUUGGACAACCUCAGCCAGUAUUCAUUAGACAAAACUCAAACUCAUAUCUCUUCCCAAAUGGAAACUCUGGUCGAGUAACUCUUAACUCAGGAGAGCGAGUGAUCGUAUCUUGUACUGGUUCUGGACGAGCCAUACAACACCCCAACAUCCAAGCUAAUGUGGCUACAGCUACAGCACAAUGUGUCAACAACAAUCUUAUUUCUGGAUCUGGAUGGCUGAACGGUAAUCGCGAGUUUGGACGUCUCACAUGCAAUUCGCAUUCCUAUCAUCAAGCGCAAGAAACCAACGAGCGUUGCUUCAACAACAACGUAGUUAUCCGGGUUGGUUUCGUAGUCAACAACGUCUUCCACGUAUUAUACCGGUCAUGCUUUGACAAAAACCGUUUAGAAGUCUUAUACGUAUGGUAUAACCAAAAUCCAACUUAUGCAGUUCAUCAAACCGGUGUUGACAGACCAAGUUGGUUAGCCGGUAGUUUCUUCCCUGGAGUAGCUAUAAACAAUCUAUACACCCAAGUACAGCAAAAGCAAGCUAUCGCGAGGGUAGUUGGUGACAGGUUGGCAGACCAGUACGUUACAUCACAUCAGUUCUUAGCUCGAGGACAUCUUAUUGCUAAGAGUGACCAAGUGUUCGCGACCGGUCAGAGAGCUACAUUCUACUUCAUCAACGCUAUUCCACAGUGGCAGCCAUUCAAUGCUGGAAACUGGAACUCACUUGAACAAAAUCUCAGAGCCCGUAUCGGAGCAGCUGGUUACAACUGCGUUAUUUACACCGGCGCUUUCGGUGUAACUCAACUGCGUAACGCAAACGGACAGUUUGUGGAUAUCUUCCUUGAUAACACCAACAACAACCGAAGAGUGCCAGUUCCUCUAUAUAUGUACAAGGUCGCAUACGAUGCCUCUAGACGCAUAGGAACCGCUUUCAUAAGCAUCAACAACCCCCACUACACCGCGGCUGAGGCGCGCGCUCUGCAGUUCUGCACGGACCGUUGCCGCAACAACUCGGCUUUCAACUGGCUCCGCUGGCAACCCGACCGCGUUGACCUUGGCUACAGCUUCUGCUGUACCGUCGAUGAUUUCAGGAGAAGGAUUGGUCAUUUACCUUCCUUCACCGUGAACGGGCUCCUAUCAUAA